AUGGCCUCAGCACUUCCCCUUCUGCCCGCCAAAACCUCAACUGCCACAACUACCAUAUCCGCAUUCCCAGAAAAUCCUAAAACCCUGAUCCUAGAACAAUGCAAAACCAUCAAAGACCUCAAUAAAAUUCAUGCCCAUCUCAUCAAAACCCGCCUUCUUCUCAACCCUGCCAUCGCCCAACACCUCCUUGAAUCCGCCGCCAUACUUGUCCCUGGAGCCAUGGACUAUGCUAUGUCAAUUUUCCAAAUAAUCGAUGAACCAAGCUCACCUAUUUGCAACAUUAUGAUAAGGGGCUUCACAUUGAACCAAUCGCCUGAUGAAGCUAUUAUGCUAUUUAAGCGAAUGUUGGAAGACUCUACAAAACCUGAUCAGUUCACUUUUCCAUGCAUCUUGAAAGCUUGUUCUAGACUGCAAGCAUUAGAGGAAGGGGAACAGAUCCACGCCCAGAUAAUGAAAUGUGGUUACGGGUCGCAUGUGUUUGUUGAGAACACUUUGAUUCAUCUGUAUGCGAAUUGCGGCAGAGUUGAUGUUGCACGGAGGGUGUUUGAUGUUAUGUCUGAAAGGACCAUUUUUACUUGGAAUUCAAUGUUUGCAGGUUACACCAAGAGGGGGUAUUGGGAAGAGGUCGUGAAGUUAUUCCAAAAAAUGCUGGAAUUAGAUGUUAGGUUUGAUGAGAUCACUUUGGUUGUUGUUUUAACGGCAUGUGGGAGAUUGGCUGAUAUAGAAUUGGGAGAAUGGAUCCAUGAGUUCAUAGAAGCAAAUGGGUUAAAUGGGAAUCACACUCUGAUAACUUCUCUAGUUGAUAUGUAUGCAAAAUGUGGUAGGGUUGAUACUGCCCAGAGAUUGUUUGAUCAGAUGUCUCAGAGAGAUGUUGUUGCAUGGAGUGCUAUGAUCUCUGGUUACAGCCAAGCUAAUCGAUGUAGGGAGGCACUGGAUUUGUUCAAUGAAAUGCAAAAGGCAAAUGUCAUUCCAAAUGAGAUAACUAUGGUCAGUGUGUUUUCUUCUUGUGCUGUUCUUGGAGCUUUAGAAACUGGUAAAUGGUUCCAUUGCUUUGUAAAGAAAAGAAGGAUGAAACUCACCGUCGCCCUUGGAACUGCACUAAUAGAUUUUUAUGCAAAAUGUGGUUCUAUAGAUACCUCAAUUGAAGUCUUCUAUGAGAUGCCUCUGAAAAAUGCAAUGUCUUGGACAGUGUUAAUUCAAGGUCUUGCUAGCAAUGGCCAAGGAAAAAGGGCUCUGGAAUUCUUUGAGAUAAUGAGGGAAAAAAAUAUUGAACCAAACGAUGUGACUUUCAUAGGCAUUCUUUCUGCUUAUAGUCAUGCAGGUUUAAUCAAUGAGGGUCGCAGUUUCUUCAUCAGUAUGACUAGAGAUUUUGGUAUUGAACCUAGGAUUGAGCACUAUGGUUGCAUGGUUGAUAUGCUUGGUCGAGCUGGGUUGAUUGAGAAGGCUUAUCAAUUUAUAAGGAACAUGCCCAUCCAACCCAGUGCGAUUAUUUGGAGAACAUUAUUGGGUUCAUGUAGGGUUUAUAAAAAUGUUGAAAUUGGAGAAGAAUCAUUAAAGCAUUUAGUCAAAUUGGAGCCAACACAUAGUGGGGAUUACGUACUUAUGUCAAAUAUAUAUGCAUCGGUUGGCAGAUGGGAGGAUGCGUUGAAGGUGAGGAGUCAGAUGAAAACAAAGGGAAUUAGAAAAACUCCUGGCUGUAGCUCGAUUGAGUUGGAUGGAGUAAUACAUGAGUUUUUUGCUGAGGACAAUGUACAUCCAAACUCUAAGGAGGUUUAUAAUGCAACAGAGAACAUGAUGAGGUGGAUCAAGUUGGCUGGCUAUGUACCACAGACAGCAGAAGUCACUCUAGAUGCAGAAGAUGAUGAUAGGGAAGCUUCAUUGUCUCACCAUAGCGAAAAGCUGGCCAUUGCCCUUGGUAUGAUUAGAACUUCAGCUGGAACUACAAUUAGAAUAUCAAAGAAUCUCAGAAUGUGUCGAGAUUGCCACAAUGCAACAAAGAUUAUAUCGAAAGUUUUUGGUAGAGAAAUUGUUGUUAGGGAUCGAAACUGCUUUCAUCAUUUCAAAGAGGGUUUCUGUUCCUGCAAUGACUUCUGGUAGCCUGUGAAUCUUUCUAAUUUUGGGGAUAGAGAGAUAUAAGUGUCUUUAUCUCUGAUAUGUAGCCCGAAAUUACUUCAUGAACUAGAUCGGUUAUUUGCAGUAAGUAAUUUCCACACUUUUUUCUCUUUAACUGUGAACUCUUGUAUAGGAAAGUUUGUUGAGAGAACGAAAUGGCAACUUUCAGUA